AUGGCAUCCUCAGCAUUCCUCCCACAAUCGUCGGAUCUUAAUCUGAGAAAUCGUCGAAAGAAUUUUGAGGAACCGGGUUCUGGUGGUCGAGGCACGAUAGAUAAUGAGGUUGACGGAAAUUCUAGGAGAGGUGAGAAAUCAGCCCCGGCGGGCAAUUGGAGCUCGAAAAAGCGAUUGCGUGUUGGAAAGAUUGUAACGGUAGUCGCUGUAAUAGCGUUGACUUUGUUGUCUUUUUAUUUGAGACUUUACAGAAUUGGUGCCAACAACGCAGUGGUUUGGGACGAGGCACAUUUUGGCAAAUUUGGAAUGUAUUACAUCAAGCAUGAAUUUUAUCACGACGUGCAUCCGCCUCUUGGAAAGAUGCUCAUUGGUUUAAGCGAAAAGUUAGCAGGUUUCGAUGGAAAUUUUGAAUUCUCUUCGGGUGAGCUAUAUCCUAAGAAUGUUAAUUAUACGUUCAUGCGACAAUUCAAUGCUAUUUUUGGAGCCCUCUGCACACCCUUGGCGUAUUUCACGGCUCGAAACAUGGAAUUGAGCAUAUUGGGCUCUUUUUUUAUCGGUUUCAUGGUAGCCACGGAGCUCUCAUACAUUGCACUUUCAAAAUUCAUUCUAUUGGACUCCAUACUGCUGUUCUUCACAGCUACCACUUUUUAUUGCCUGACCCAGAUCCACAGGCUAAGGAGGGAACAACUGACUAAAAAGUGGUUCCUGUGGUUGUUUUCACUUGGGGUUUCAAUUGGCUGUGUUUGUUCUGUGAAGUGGGUUGGGCUCUUCGUUACACUGGUCGCCGGCAUAUACACAGUUACUGACCUAUUUGCUCACCGCUGCGACACGAGCAUGCCACGGACACGUUACUAUACUCAUUGGUUGGUACGCAUCGUUAAUUUGAUAAUAGUUCCUUUUUCCAUCUAUCUUCUCUGCUUUAAGAUUCAUUUUGCGAUUCUUUACAAGUCAGGAACAGGCGAUGCUUCUGCCAAUACGCUAGCACAAGUCAAUUUUGAAGGUAAUAAAAUCAAUAUUGGACCAAGAAAUGUGGCUUUUGGCUCUGAAGUGUCAAUCAGGUCUCACGGAUUGUCACCCAACCUUCUUCACUCUCACGUCCAGAUGUAUCCGGUGGGAUCAGGCCAAAGGCAAAUAACUGGUUAUGGCCAUGCCGACGACAAUAAUGUAUGGAUUUUCAAGCAUGCUAGGACAAGCGGCGAAACCGACAAUGAAAAGCUGGGAGAAUUGUCUUUUAUCACUGAUAACUCUGAGAUUAGACUUUUUCACAAAAACACCAGGGCAAACUUGCAUUCGCAUGAUAUACCUUCUCAUGUCUCUAAAGGAAAUUACGAGGUAUCUGGAUAUGGUGAUGAAGUCGUUGGUGAUGAAAAGGAUGACUGGAUAGUUGAAAUUGUCGAACAACUCACUUCUGCUAAUGCAUCUUUUCCUCUGGAAAAUUCUAAUAUUCUGCAUCCGAUUUCUUCCAGUUUCCGGCUCAGACAUAAGGAGCUGGGAUGCUAUUUAGCCACUACAGGUCUUUCUUAUCCUACGUGGGGCUUCAAGCAGGCCGAAAUAGUCUGCAAAAAUUCAUGGAGUAAGAGAGACAAGUCUACGUGGUGGAAUGUGGAAGAUCACUGGAAUCCCGAAAUGCGCGAAAGUGAGGGCUACGUGCCUCCUAAAUCAAAAUUUUGGACAGAUUUCGUACUAACAAAUUUCGCUAUGGCUUUAUCAAACAAUGCUCUUGUUCCUGAUCCUGACAAGUUUGACGUCCUUGAAAGCAAAGCUUGGGAAUGGCCAACUUUGCAUGUCGGCCUAAGAAUGUGUGGAUGGUCGGAACACACUGUGAGAUACUUCCUACUUGGCUCACCCUUUAAUACUUGGUUGUCAUCCCUCGCAAUUGUUACUUUCAUGAUUGUCGCUUCUUGUUUCCUUAUUCAGUGGCAGCGUCAGACAAGAUAUUUUACGGGAGAUCAAUUGAGUUGUUUCGCAGUGCAGCAUAUCCUCCCUUUCAUUGCUUGGCUAUUGCAUUUUUUGCCGUUUGUUGGCAUGGGAAGAGUCACAUACGUUCACCAUUAUGUUCCUGCGUUAUUCUUCGCCAUAAUAGAGUUUGGAUCUCUAGUAGACUACUUUCUGAGAGACAAGCAAAAGCGCUAUCAGGUUCCCGCAUACCUAUUGCUCUUUUCUCUGUCCACUUACGUCUUUGUCAUCAUGUCUCCUGUUGCACUUGGGAUGACUGGGCGGGGUACCAAUUAUAAACAUCUCGAAUGGUUAAAGUCAUGGAAAAUUGUUUGA